AUGGAUCGAAGAAGAGAUCCUCGCUAUAAACAGCAAGAAGCACAUCAUUAUGAUGAUCGGUACAACAACACUUAUGAUAAUUACGAUUACGAAGAGGAUUAUGGUAAUCAAUAUGCAAACACUGUCCCCCACCAUCACCACCCUCAUCCUCAUGCUCAUCCACAUCAUCCGGAAGAUCAUGGAUAUGACGAUGAAGAGGAUCAUUGGGCAAACCAACGUGACCAGCAAGACUUUUAUGACACUGUCCCUGCAACAAAUGUUCCUCCUGUAAAACCAAUGGGUCCUCCGAAGAAUCUUGCUCGAGUUCAAAUAUCUACUUCAAUCCCAUCAAUGGAGUCUGACAAUUCACCAAUUCCACAGGCACCACCUCCACCGAGAUUUGGACCUACUGGGGGAUAUAACAAUAAUAAUAAUAACGAUAGAAAGACGCCUGUUUCAAAAUAUGGUAAUAUGGCGACAACUGAUAUAAAGCAGAGAAGAGAUCCAUCAGAUGUUCAUAUUCGAUUUGAUCCUGGAGCUAAAAGGGACUUAAUUUCCAAACAAUCAUCGUACAUUGAUGGAUAUAGAACUGGUGAAUCAGCAACUUCAGCUGCUAAAAAGAAGGAAUCUGGAAGCUCAUCUGGUGGUCAGGCAACAAAUACAAUUCGAUCGAUUAUAAAUAACCUCAAAAGUGGUGGAGCAGAAAAACAAGAAGAUACAAUUCCUCGUAACCGUGUCUCUACAAAUCCAUUCAUGAGAGCAAAUCAACAACAACAACAGCAACAAAAUCACAAUGCAACUCGUUUUGAAAAUAAUAAAAAUUCUUCGAAAAAUGUAGCAGAAGUUGUGGAAAAAAUGAAUAAUGGAGAUUGGCCAAUUCAAAUUGAAGAUGAAGAUAUACCACCUUCGGCUGCUGUAAAUAAUCCUAAACGAGGAUAUCAACAGCAGCAAGCUGACAAAGCGCGACAAUGGGAGACUCUACACAGGAAGAAAGAUGAGAAGAGAAGCAUUCUGGACGAGGUGGCUCAUUUGACAGGAGCUCCACCAGCUCCACCACUUCCAGCACAACAACCACCACCAGUUGCUCAUUCUUCUCAAAUUCCACAAAAACAGCAACAUCCUCAAAUGCAAAAACAACAAAGUCGGGAGGAGCAUGACAAAAUGUCUGACAAAAGUCAUGAGGAAGAGCACACAAGUGUCUCUACUGAUUCUGCACUUUGUUCUGAAACUUCAGAAGUUCGUGGCCCAUCCCCAUAUAAACUUCCAUUUGAUUCACAAAAACCCGGAGAAUUGUCAGAAGAAGCUGAGAAACUCUUGUUUUAUUUCAAGACACACAAGGAAGUUUUGAAUUAUUUGGGAAUUGGGUUAACUGAUCGGCUUUGGAAACAUAUCCAAAAGCUUCCAAGUUUUGAAACUUCAAUUCGAGUUUUCAAAAAGCAAGAUGAAAUUUCAUCAAAGCCACCACCAGCACCACCGCUUAUUCAAAAUUCUCUAACACCACUACAAGGAUCAAAUGUUCCAGCAGCUCCAAAGAUUACUGUCAGCCAAUCAUUUGCUCAGCAGGAUAGAGAUAGAAAGAGCCCAAUCGGACAUUCACACAAUCGAAGCGUUUCCCAGAAUGAGUUGUCCCCGCAACCAGCUGAUGGAUACUCAUUGGAAGACCAAUUUACAAAGAAUGCUGAUACGGGAAACAGUCGGGAAAGAUCAAACAAUGGUGGAAGAUUUGUGAAAAAGUCAGCGGCAGCAUUGAUUGCGAAGAAACAAGGAAUGCAAACCGAGGAUCCGAACUCGGCGACUGAAAUUAUUGAUCCACGAAUCGCCGAAGAAAUCAAAAAUCUUCGUGAUCGAGAAGAAGAGUUAAAAAGAAGUCGUUCAGAAUUAGCUCUUGUAACAAGUCCCCUUCCGAGUUCUUAUCAAAUGAGUCCAAAAAAGACAAGUCCAAGUAGUAAUAUGAGAAGUGCUCAAUCAUACGAUCAUUUGGAUAAUUCGAUUCGAUCACCAAUUGAGAGAUCACAUUCUUCACAUAAUAUACAUCAUAUGAAGAGUGUUGAGUCAUCGUAUCAUCUCAGUGGAGCAUAUGGAAAUGCAAAUUAUGGUUCAAUGCCAAGAGCUCAACGAAAGCCAGGAUCUUACCAACCUCAAAUGCAUGAUCAUCGUUCACAAGACGGAGGAUACCGUCAAUCCCCGAACCGAAACUUUUUUCGUCAGACACCAACCGCUUCUGAGGCGACGAACGCCGGUUGGCAGAAAUCAGCUCCGUCAUUCGAGACGAAGUCGUCCGUCGCAGUUCAUUCAGGCUUACAGCUUCCAGCCGCCCGAAUUUCAAUUUCAUCUUAUCAGCAAAGAUCCAACGACAAGUAUCAGAAUCCCAAAUCUAUGUACGCUUCAAAACAACACGACACGACUCGUAAAAUUGGGCUCUAGGAGAUGGUUUUUGAAGAAGAGAAGAACAAUUUCAAAACGAGAAGAAUCAUUUAAGAAAAGUGUUGGCAGAAAUACUGUUCGAUUUUCUGAAACUGUUACAAGUAUAUUUUAAUUGUUUUUCAACUUUGGUGCAUGUUUAAAAUCGCGUCAUUAAAACUUUGGGGGAAAUCGAAAUUUCUGAUUCUUCAGAAAUAAUUUAUAUUUCCUUUUAUUUUUUUUUCGCACGAAAGAGUUUAUUUUAUUGAAAAUGAACAUUUUAAUUUUUUAAAAAUC